GAUGUGAAUGAGAAGGGCACAGGUUUGGACAGUUGUGGAGAAUACAGACCGCUUUAUUUCGUACGUUGUGAACGCAGAUAUUGAUGUGUUACUGAAAUAACAGAAAUCGUAUACCUGUUGUAAAGGCAGAUUGUACAGUAAUAUGAGAUACUGGAUAACACAGCGCAAUGGAUGAGAAAAGUCUGAAGCUGCUUCCCUUGGACACUGAAGACCAGGGUACCCAGAGGUGUAGAUUAGGACCAGGCACAAUGGCCAGUCUAGGACUGAAGAUUGGUAGCCUGGUUCAGAUCUCUGUCUUUGGUGGUCACUGCCUGUGCACAGCUUGGCCAAGAAGCGACCUGGCUGAAGGUUUCAUGCAGUUUGACUCAAAAUGUGUUACAGCAGAACUUAUUGAGAAACCUUAUAACAUGUGUAGCGUGAGCCUUAAUCAGAUCAAAAUGGUACCUUGUACCAAAUUAAAAUGCAUACACGUUCAAGUAUUUGUUAAAAAUGUGGAAUUUAAAAAGUCAGCGACUUUUGCUCUUCUGCAUGAACUUGUAAAAGAAAUGCUUCGUAACGUGUAUGUUUCGAAAAGCCACAUUGUGUCCUUUGCAUCACUAGAAGCUCCUAUUGAAUUAAUUGAAAUUCAGCGCUUAAACCCUUCUACCUAUGAGGCUGGCCGUAUCACUGCUAAAACAACCAUAGAGAUUACUGAAGUCAAGAGGUUGGAGAGUUACAUGUACCAGCUUAAGAAUUCCUCCAAGAUCCCGUUGGGUGGAAUGGAAGAUGUUUGUGCCUCACUUAAAGAAAUUUUAAACCUGCCAUUUCAUUAUCCAAGAACAUUACAGAGACUUGGACUAUCUUGUCCUAAGGGAGUACUACUCAUUGGGCCUCCGGGGGUAGGGAAGACUCUGCUUGUGAGAAGUGUUGCUAGGGAGGUGGGUGCCCAUUUGGUCACCAUCAGUGGCCCAGUAAUACUGGGCUCGAGGCCAGGGGAGAGCGAGGAGAACCUGAGAAGAAUUUUUCAGCAGACUAAAGAGGCCUCUGAAGAUGGGCCAUGUGUCCUCUUCAUUGAUGAAUUGGAUUCAUUGUGCCCUAAGCGGACAGGCUCUGCAAAUGCACCUGAAAACCGCCUUGUCGCUCAGCUUUUAACACUGAUGGAUGGUAUUGGGAGCGAGGGUCAUAUGGUCAUUAUGGCAGCGACCAACCGGCCAGAUGCUUUGGAUCCAGCGCUUAGGAGAUCAGGCCGGUUUGACAGAGAGGUAAUACUGGGAUGUACUUUUAACAGGAUUGUGAAUUUGAGAGUCAUUAUUGGUGCCCCGACCCUGAAGCAGAGGAAGUCUAUUUUAGAAAUGCUCAGCACACAGAUGCCUCUUUGCAGUGAUGUGGAUUUAGCCUCUUUAGCAGAAAUGACCUCUGGUUAUGUUGGAGCUGAUCUUACAGCACUCUGUAGAGAAGCUGCUUUGCAGGCAAUUCUCCACAGCUGCCAGGACUCGGAGAGUCACUUGAUAAGAAUGAGCAACUUUUUGGAAGCACUGAAGAAAGUUCAUCCAUCUUGCCUCAGAAGCAGCAUUGGUCAAACUGACUUCAGACCUGUUGCCUGGGAGCACAUUGGGGGUCUCGAAGAUGUCAAGUUAAAACUGAAACAGAGCAUUGAAUGGCCAAUGAAGUUCCCUGAGGCGUUUAUCAGGCUGGGACUGUCUCGCCCGAAAGGGGUUCUUCUGUAUGGACCUCCAGGCUGCGCUAAGACCACACUCGUGAAGGCUGCAGCCACCAGCUGUCACUGUUCCUUCCUGUCUGUCAGUGGAGCCGACCUCUUCUCUCCUUAUGUUGGAGACUCGGAGAAGACUCUGGCCCAGGUAUUCCAGCAAGCACGAGCGUGUGCCCCAUCAGUCCUGUUUCUAGAUGAGAUCGACUCGAUCCUGGGGUCACGGGCAAAUAGUAAAGCCAGCAGAGGCGUUCAGGACAGAGUGCUGUCUGUGAUUCUCAACGAGUUAGAUGGGAUUGGACUGAAAGUGACGGAGAGGAGAGGACCAGCAAGUAAGAAGUGCCUACAGGAAGGUUUGCCAGAACAGGAAUGUGACAGGCAGCUUGAUUACCAGGAGGUGUGCAACAAAGAUGUCCUGGUUGUAGCUGCAACGAAUAGACCUGACCUGUUGGAUGAUGCGCUGCUACGACCCGGAAGAUUAGAUAAAAUCGUUUAUGUGCCUCCUCCUGACCAAGAGGCCAGACUUGCUAUAUUGAAGAUUUGUACAGAGAAGAUGCCAUUAGACUCGGAUGUAUCCUUGGAAGAUAUAGCAGAAAAAACAAGUUUCUUCUCCGGAGCAGAUCUUGAAAAUCUUUGCAAAGAGGCUGCUUUGCUUACAUUACACGAAGAAAGUCUGGACGCUUCCUGUAUAAAACAUGCCUCCUUUGUGACGUCAUUGGAAAAUACAAAGCCCUCCCUAACCACACAGCAAAUUGAGUUUUAUCAGAAACUGUUAAAAAGGUAGUUUUUUUUAAUUUUUAUAGCACUCUCCGUUUACCAGGCAUUUGUAGAAACCUUGAGAUUGAAGUUUCUUUACUGGUACAUCUUUUCACUGUACAAUAAAAUAUAUUACCUUUCGA